AUGGCAGCAGCCGCUGCUCGGAAGCAGGCGCGCCUGCCGCCUGAAGUGAACAGAAUCUUGUAUGUGCGCAACCUGCCUUUCAACAUCAGCUCAGAGGAGAUCGGCACCAACAAGGAAACGCGUGGCACCGCGUACGUCGUGUUUGAGGACAUCCAUGACGCGAAGCAGGCCUGCGACCACCUCAGCGGCUUCAACCACAACCGCAAGCUGAGCCUCAAGGAGGAGGAGGAGCAGGUCAAGAACAUGCAGGCAAGGUAUGGGGUGGAUGGCGAGCAGCACGCGCGCAGUGGCGGCAGCCGAGACGGCAGCGGCGGGGGUGGGGGUGCGCGGUAG